AUGUCGCUGGCGCUCGCCGUCUGCGUACACGCGACGUCCUCAAAGUGCAAGCCAUUCUGUGAGGACAAGACGCACGAUUGGGAUGACAAGUGCACCUGGGGGGGCUGCUCCGGCUGCACCGAGUGCUCUGCGCCGGUGUGCAAGCCGUUUUGUGUGGACAAGACGCAUGCCUGGGAUAACAAGUGCACCUGGGUGGGCUGCAACGGCUGCACCGAGUGCAUCGUCCCUGAGCCGGAAUGCAAGCCGUUUUGUGAGGACAAGACGCAGGGCUGGGAUGACAAGUGCACCUGGGGGGGCUGCAACGGCUGCACCGAGUGCUCUUCCCCUCCGCCAAUGUGCAAGCCGUUUUGUGAUGACAAGACGCAGGACUGGGAUGACAAGUGCACCUGGGGGGGCUGCAACGGCUGCUCCGAGCGGAACCGCAGUGUGCCGAGUUAG